AUGGCUCGUCUAAUCUGGAACGUCCAGUAUCCUCGAAGCCACUCUGAAUACAUUGGUCUGCUCGACGAAUUUCGGAGACGACAGACAGCCAGUCUUGAGUCGCCUCUAAAGCAAGACCACAAUCUGCACUUUGUCGGCAGUCCCAACUUCGACUUUCUACCGCACCCUGCAUAUCAAGUGAACCAAACAUCCUACCUCGGACAAGUCCUUGCUCCACUGAAUGAGACGGCGAGAGACGCAUAUGCACCUCAUCAUCGGAGGCGCUAUGUUAUCGAGCUGCGCCUGGACGGAAGAUCCUUACCUGAAUUUGAAGUUAUCCUUCGCCAACCAUUGUCAACCGGACUGGAGAAAUUCGCUCAAGUCUGGAAAGCCGAUGCAAUCUGUCGAGAUGGGACGGUUUUUCCGGUCGUUGCGAAACUAUUCCAAGGAUCUCUGUUUCCCGAGCCACAAUGGCUGGAGUAUGACAACGUGCUGGAUGAAGACUAUCCGCUGCAGGAGGAAGUAUCCCACAGAGAAGCCUGGGCGUAUGAGCGCCUCCGGUCUGCUCGAGGAACGAUCAUUCCAUACUCCUACGGAUUCUACGACGUUCAGUUGCCAUGCGGGAGUGUGGCGUGUACUCAUAUCAUCGAAUAUAUUGACGGAGUCACUCCCGGUACCUACUGUAAGAUGUACGGAGGCCAGGCCAACCAGGAACAGACCCAUAAAUUCAUGACGACGUUGACUAAGUCCGUCUACGCUUUGCACUGCCUAGGCGUGGCCCACUACGACAUCUCAUGGAGGAAUGUCCUCGUGCCCAAGAUACAUCUAGGUAGCGCCGUCAUGUUUGAUUUCGGGCGCGCCAUGAGCUUAAGCUCGGAGGUGGAAUCCCCCGAAGAUUGGAUUGAGCCGUUGUUAAAGGACGGCAAAGGGCUGUAUGGGGUUUUGUCAAUUGUUACCUCCCAACGUCAGAUGGAAGUCUGGGCGGAUGAAGUGCGAGCGGAUCCCGGCACUCUCUGGGCUCGGCCUUUGCGAGAUGCUCGCGAGUUACCAUACGAAGGGCGAGUGGGUCCAGUGUAUCACGACGACCGUCUACGCUAUCUAUGUGAUAUACCAAGCGCCGAACAGUAG